AUGAUGCUCUUGCUGAGCCUCCAUGGAAGAGCUGCGCGGAUCGCGCCCCCCUUCUCCGCUCAGCACGCUAAGCAAGUCCUGGCGUCCGCAUCAGCCAGGCUGCACAUGCCCCCCGUACCUCGAUUACAAGGGCCCGCGGUGACCCGCACAGUGGUCGCCGUUGCCGCCGCCGCUACCGGCGCCACCGCCGCCCGCGGCUUCCUGGCCGCCCGCGACGGCAGCGCCGGCGGCGUCGGCGUCGGCAACCUCCUGGAGCGCCUCGGCGCCCGCGGCGUGCUCGCGGCCCGCCUGGUGAGCGACUUCGCGGCCGCCUCGAUGGCCAGCCUGAUGGUGAGCCCGUUCAUCUCUAUCGUCGACCGGGCCAUCAUCCAGAGCGCGAGCGGCAGCAUGGGGAUGAAGGCCUCCGUGGCGCAGGGCUUCCGGGUGCUAGCGACGAAGCCCGCGUUGUUCCUCGCCCGCCCGGACUUCAUCUGCACCUUCUGCCUGUACGGCGCGACGUACCUUGCGGCUAAUACCAUCUCCACGAUGGCGGACGAGUUUUCCCGCUCCGACACGAUGCCCAAGUUUCUCGGCACGACGGCCAUCAACAUGCCGGGUUCCAUCGCCAAGGACCAGGCCUUGACGAAGAUCUUCGGGGUCGUGGGAAGCGCGGCCAAGGUGCCCGCCGCCAGCUUCGCGCUGUUCACCGUCAGAGACGUGGCCACCAUGGCUGCGGCCUUCACCCUGCCUACCCCCAUGUCCACCAAGAUGCAAGACUUCGGCGUGGACAGCGGCAUGGCGGAUGUCACCUCUCAGCUGGUGUCUCCCGGCCUGGUCCAGCUUUUCUCGACGCCGGACUCGUUCAUGCCGGCGAUCGCCAUGCGUGUGGCCCGCAUCGGCGUGGCCUUCGGCGUGGGCGGGCUGGGCAACACCUCCAUCCGAAAUAAGCUGCACGGGGCCAUCGCCAAGUCGGCGUGGGCGAAGCAGCAUCAGUGAUGGCAGCAGCAGCAGCAGCAGCAGUCGGAGGCCGCCUGAGUUUCGUAGAUUCGGGGAGAAGAAACUCCUGGCGCGCGCCGAGGCAGCGAGCAGCAAGCAAAACUCGGUGGGUAGAAUAAUGAUAGGAAGCGCCGGGUGGGAGGGGGGGGGGAGAGAGACCGUGGCAUGCAGGCAACGGAGCUGGGAAUAGUUUUGUUUGCUCGUGCCGCUAAACUUGGUGGUGAUACGUGUGUGGGCGUCUGUUGUUGGGCCGUGGUCACGCUUCGACUUCGGCAGAGACACACACGGAGUUGGAGCGCAGAAAAGAGCGUUUAAUAAUAGUAGCAGAGAAGGAAGAAAAGGACGUAAACCGAAUGCCGCGCUUACGAUCGUUGGACGUGUAUCGUGUGUGUUGUUCGAGACCGCUUUUUUCUCGACUCGGAAAGGGUGCAAAUGUAAAUGGGGAAAAACAGGGGGCCUUUCAUAUAUUACACCUAGACUUGAGAAGGUCGGGGGGAAACACCCAGAAAACACCAGUGCGAUGUCGAUGCGGACCUCUUCUGUCGCCGAGACAUGGGGAACGGGGAGGGGGGGGGCAGUGUGAGCGUGAACAGCAAUGAUGUACGAGUAGAAUUUACGGGCGUGUGAAGCCUACCGAACAAAGUAGAAGGCAGAGAAAGACAGGGGGGGGGGGGGCACAGGGACUAGACCCGAGUAGCGAGACGAAAAAUAGCGCGACCGUGUGAAGUUCGUUGCUGUUCGGUAUCGGAACAGAGAGGCGGAAAUUCUGGCGUGUGGACGUGAGAGGUGAUGGAAGAGAUUAAACCGCUUGGGUCAAACCGGGGAUUGGGGUGGGGUGGGGUUAGUCUGAGCAUAUACCCCCUUGGGGGCGCAGGCAAGGGCGAGAAGGUUUGCCGCGCGCAACAGCAGUGCCGAAAAUACGUAGUAUAGGCGGCGGCGGCGGCGGCGGCCAGUGGUGUGAUGUGAAGGAAGAGGAAGAGCCUCCUGCUCGCGUGAAGGGGUCCAUGCGGCAGGCGUUGUACGGAGACAGAGGACAGAAACGCCGGUGGUGGGCAGUGGACGGUGGUGUGUGUGGUCGUUUUGUCAAGUGGUAAGGGUCGGUCGAGUGUAGCGACGCGAUGCGACCCGUGCGCACGACCGUAGCGAGGUUUGUUCGGUGAGGAGGAGUGGAAAUGCUUUGUGGUGUUGGAGGGGUCGGGGCUUUGGUCGGCGGAAGCAGAGCUGGAGUGCCCGCUCACCUCCCUUCGCCCGUCGAAUCACAGAUCGGUUGUGGUGUUGGAAGGCAGAAAUUCCGAGGGAAGCCCCGACCGGCCUCACCUUGCCCCUAGCGCACCGCUGGUUGCAAACCGCGUCUGGCUGGUAGAGCAGCACAUGCAUAACGGGGGCCGGGGGGGGGGGGAGGGGUUGGUGAAGUUGCGUUGAUGGGUGGCGGAAGGAGGUGUUGUGACUGCCGCAGGGCACCGCGGUUUCACCGAUUUUGAUGCGGUAUGUGUUGUUGGUGUUUUUUUUUGUUGUUGAUGGGUACGGGUGGGUACAUUGUGAAGUAUAUGAUUAGGUGUUCUUCUCUGUUGGUCUGAUCUGAGGCAAGAAGUUUCUCUCUCGGCGCUCUGAUGGGUGGUACCCACCACCUUGAAGAAUAUCGUCGAGUGAUUUUUUCCUCUGUAUCUGUAUUUUUUCGACGAGUUGUUGUGUUAAGACGGGUGUAAUAAGGGAGGGAACAAGAAACGGUUUGAAUGAUUGUGAAAAAACCUGUUCGCGCGAAAGAAGAGACCGUUCAAAAAUCGGUCGUGUGUCAAAACAUGCGAGCAGCGAAGCAAACUAGUGCCUCCAGAAUUUUUAUGCCGUUUAGUAUUAUAGUGGGUGUUCGAAUAUUUGUUAAUUUUUGCCGUUACCGCGGCGAGUAGUAACGGUUUGCGUCAAGACAGUGCGUGAUGUGUUUGGCGGCACCGACGAAACACAAGGUAGGAAGGACGUUCUCGAGACAGAUGAAGGUGUGGUUUGUGACAAAAGCGUUCGAGACGCACGUGCGCGUGCGGCUUGAUACGCGGAGGAGCUAGACAAGGUGAUGAGUUUGUCUGGGCUCUUUUAGAUUGACAUCUGUUUGGAGCACAGGUAUUUGGCGUUGUCGUGAGGGAGAGAAGACAAAAGUUUCCUUGAUUGAAUGAUCCUACUUUGGUUCCAUGUGUGUGUUUUUUUUUUAGGGGAGGGUGGGGUGCAGGAGGUGUGGGUAUACGAUUUUGCCUUAAGACGCAAGGUUGUACGGACGGGACUUGGACCGCCAGACAGCGGAGAAAUGGGGAGAGGGUGCGAUUUGCGUUGAUGUUUUCGUUCGCGUUCAAUACUGGCUCUUGCUGAAACAACAGCGGUGCCAAUCGCCAGGGAUGCUCCUAGAGAGCUGUUGUCCUACACAAUGAAAGCUCUCAUGUAGCGGCAUGUCCAUCCUUGGUGAUGGCGGCAGCUCCAAGUUGGCCCGUCUGCAGGAAGAGAGGUGGUGAGAAAGAGAGAGAGAGAGAGAGAGAGAGUGGGAGGAGAAAGACAAAGAAAAGAGUGUGACGGAGAGAAGAGAAGUUGAGAAGCGCAAAGAGUGAAGGCCACUGGGGGGGUAAAGAGGCCAGGCGGAGACAAAGGCUAGAGGAUCCCCCCCUUUUUCUUGUCUUUUUAUGAAAAAAAAUCCAAGGAAAGGUGGAUGGAUGGAAAAUGACGACCUGUUUGUUGGAAGACGACGGUUUGAGUAGGUACUUGAGGGGCACCGACAGAUAUCUUCGGACGGAUGGGGUUGGUGGUGGUGGGGUGAUGGAUGAUGCUCUUGGCGAUCUCCGCCGUUGUUGCCAUGUCUGUUGCCCGAGUGCCAAGGUUAUGGUAGGGUUUUCUACUGCUUGGCCAGCGCGGUGUGCUUUGCUUGAACACGCGUGCGUGCGUGCGCGGGGGCGGACGGGGAGUGUCCACUACUACUGCCACAGACGUCAUGUAGUGCACCUGUGUGCGUUUUGAAAACGCUUGGCACGUCUCGACGAACACGGACGGGGGAAUGGGUGCGUGUGUAUGCUAUCCGUUCUGUUGCGAACGAUGUUGGUGUGGGACAUGUAGGGCUGGGGUGGGAAGUGGGGGGAGAGAGAAGAGAGAGAAAGCAUGGCUCGGAUGGAGUAUUCCCUCCAGGGAAGCAC